GCCGCCGGGUCCGGGGCCAUGUGGGGCCCCGAGGCGGCCGUCCUGAGGGGCUUCCCCACGGGGGCCGAGCGGCAGCGCUGGAAGCAGGACGGGGUCGCGGACUCGGAGAGUGGCUCUUUCCUGCACCUGCUGCUCGAAGGGAAGUAUGAGGCCGUCUUCUCGCAUCCCGUGGCUCAGGGCAUCCUGAAUUCAGCCACGGCGACCGAAGGAGAGAUUGGCAGCUACCUCGAGAAGCAGAUAGCAACGUUUCUGGAUAGCUCCACAGAUUUCGACAAAAUUACAAGGCAGCAGCUGGUCUUCCUCCUUGGCGUGAGCAGUCUUCAGCUCUUCGUUCAGAGCAACUGGACGGGGCCCCCUGUCGCUUUGCGCCCGCAGGACUUCCUUCCGGCCGCUCUGUGUCCACAAGGCAGUGAGGUCAGGGGCCUGGACACGGCUGUUCUGCGUACGCUCGUUCUGGAUGGAGAGGCUGUCUACAGCCUCACGGCGACACCCGUCCUGCUGCUGCUGGCCCGUGUCAUCCUGGUGUGCCUGGGGCCCAAACUCUCCAGCAUCCAGACCCUGCCCUGGUGGGCACUGCGGUAUGUGGGCAUCCACCAGCAGCUGCUGGACGAGCGCUCCCCGCGGCUCCGUGCCCUGGCCGAGGACUGCAUCGAGCAAGUGAGGAAACUGGAGCAUCUGUUUGAGGGCGCCGGCGGCCGCUGCCUGGCCGUGCAGUUCCACCUGGAGUGUGCCCACACGCUUCUGUGUUACUACGAGUACAAGAAGGCCAAAGAGCAGCUGGACAUCGCCCAGGGCAUCAGCAAGCUGCGCAUCGACCUGACGGGCGCUUUGGGGAAAAGGACGCGGUUCCAGGAGAAUUACGUGGCGCAGCUUGUUCUGGACGUCCGGCGGGAGGGGGCCGCCCUCGAAGAACAAGAGUUCAGCCCCGCCCCGACUCCGCGGGAGCACUUAACCAAGGACCUGCAGCUGGACGAUGACACGGUGCUGGACAGCGUGAAGUUGGCGGACGGCGAGCACCGCGGGACGCCCGACCUGUGCGCCGAGGAGCUGGCCGUGGUCCUGGGGGUCUGCACAAAUUUCCAGAAGAAUAACCCGGUGCACAAGCUGACGGAGGAGGAGCUUCUGGCUUUCACGGCUUGUUUGCUCUCGCAGCCCAAGUUCUGGGCCGUGCACACGGCAGCCCUCAUCCUGCGGACGAAGCUGGAGCGUGGCAGCUCACGGCGCAUGGAACGGGCGCUGCGGCAGACGCAGGCUCUGGCGGACCAGUUUGAAGAUGUGACGACGUCCGUCCUGGAGCGCCUCAAGGUCUUCCACUGCUGCCGUGUCCCGCCGCACUGGGCCGUGCAGCGCCUGCUGGCGGGUCUGCUCGUGGAGCUGGGAUGCACAAGCUCGGCGCUGCAGAUCUUCAAGAAGCUGGAGAUGUGGGAAGACGUCGUCAUCUGCUACGAGAGAUCCGGGCAGCACGGGAAGGCCGAGGAGAUCCUGAGGCAGGAGCUGGCCAAGAAGGAGACGCCCAGCCUGUACUGCCUGCUGGGCGACGUGCUGGGGGACCAGAGCUGCUACGACCGGGCCUGGGAGCUCUCGGGCCACCGCAGUGCCCGCGCCCAGCGCUGCAAGGGCCUCCUACACCUGCGCCACCGCCAGUUCCGCGACUGCGCCGCCUGCUUCGAGCGCUCCGUGCAGAUCAACCCCAUGCAGCUGGGGGUGUGGUUCUCGCUCGGCUGCGCCUACCUGGCCCUGGAGGACUACGCGGGCUCGGCGCGAGCCUUCCAGCGCUGCGUGACGCUCGAGCCUGACAACGCCGAGGCCUGGAACAACCUCUCGACGUCCUACAUCCGGCUGAAACAGAAGGCCAAGGCUUUCCGGACCUUGCAGGAAGCGCUCAAGUGCAACUACGAGCACUGGCAGAUCUGGGAGAACUACAUCCUCACCUGCACCGACGUGGGGGAGUUCUCCGAAGCCAUCAAGGCCUACCACCGGCUCCUGGACCUGCGGGACAAGUACAAAGAUGUCCAGGUGCUGACGGUCCUGGUCCGCGCGGCCGUCGAGGGCACGGCUGACCGCCACGGGGACGGUGCCGGCUGCCUCCAGGGGCAGCUGCGGGAGCUGCUGGGCCGGGUGACGUCCAGAGUGACCAGCGACGGUGCCAUCUGGAGGCUGUACGCCCGGCUCUACGGCGACGGACAGGACGGGGCGCCCGAGGAACUGGACAAGGCAUUCCAGUAUCUCUCCAAGGCCUACAAGUGCGACACCCAGGCCGGCUGCUGGGAGAAGGAGGUGCCGUCGUUCAGGGCCGUGGUCCAGAGCGCCUUGGACCUGGCACGCGUGGCCAUCAGGUGCAGCGGGACCAAAGCCAGCCCCCAGGAGGCCGUGCAGGUGCUUUCCUCCGUGCGCCUGAACCUGCGGGGGCUGCUGGCCAAGGCCAAGCAACUGUUCACAGAUGUGGCGACUGGGGAGGUUUCGGAGGAGCUGGCCGGGGAUGUGGCCGCCAUGGACGCGCUCGUCACGGAGCUCCAGGACCUGAGCAACCAGCUUCGGAAUCAGUACUGACCGGCUGUUCUCUCCUCCCAGUCUCUUACACCUGCAUUCCUACAACACCAGAGAGUGAUUGUUGUUGUUUUAUUAUUAUUAAUAUUAUUAUUAUUUUUAGAAAUAAACAAA